AUGCCUCCAAAAGCCGAUUGGGAUAAGUAUGUUGCUCCGUUAGAGGAUGAAAGCAAACCAGAAGAGAAGAUUGUGCCGCUGAGUGAAGGCGAUAUCCAGGUGUUGCGUACAUAUGGAGUUGCACCAUACGCGAAGAAGAUUAAAGAAGUUGAACAGGAUAUCAAAACCAUUGAGGCAAAGAUCAAGGAGAAAGUUGGUGUUAAGGAGAGUAACACAGGUCUUGCUCCACCACACUUGUGGGAUGUGAUGGCAGAUAAGCAAAACAUGGAGUCACAGCCUUUGCAGGUGGCCAGAUGUACGAAGAUCAUCAAAAGUGAUGAAGGUGAAGACAAAUCCAAAUAUGUGAUCAACAUUAAACAGAUUGCGAAGUUUGUCGUGGCAUUGGGUCAAAACGUGUCACCAACAGAUAUUGAAGAAGCGAUGAGGGUUGGUGUUGAUCGUACAAAGUAUGAAAUCCAAUUGCCAUUACCACCAAAGAUUGAUCCAAGUGUGACGAUGAUGACAGUGGAGGAGAAACCAGACGUGACGUACAGCGACAUCGGUGGGUGCAAAGAUCAAAUUGAAAAACUGAGAGAAGUUGUUGAACUUCCUCUACUGUCACCAGAAAGAUUUGUCAAGUUGGGUAUUGACCCUCCAAAGGGUAUAUUGUUGUACGGCCCACCAGGUACCGGUAAGACGUUAUGUGCUCGUGCCGUUGCUAACAGAACAGACGCGACUUUCAUCAGAGUUAUCGGGUCAGAGCUUGUACAGAAAUACGUCGGUGAAGGUGCUCGUAUGGUUCGUGAGUUAUUUGAAAUGGCGAGAACGAAAAAGGCUUGUAUUAUCUUUUUUGACGAAGUGGACGCCAUUGGAGGUGCCCGUGUCGAUGAUGGUGCAGGUGGCGACAACGAAGUGCAGAGAACCAUGUUGGAAUUGAUCACGCAAUUAGAUGGUUUCGAUCCUAGAGGUAACAUCAAAGUUAUGUUUGCUACAAAUAGACCAAACACAUUGGACCCUGCAUUGUUAAGACCUGGAAGAAUUGACAGAAAAGUUGAAUUCUCGUUGCCGGACCUUGAAGGACGUGCCAACAUCUUUAGAAUUCAUUCAAAGGCUAUGUCUGUCGAGAGAGAUAUUAGAUGGGAAUUGAUUGCCAGAUUGUGUCCAAACGCCACGGGUGCAGAGUUGAGAUCUGUGUGUACUGAAGCAGGUAUGUUCGCUAUCAGAGAGAGAAGAAAAGUUGCUACAGAAAAGGAUUUCCUCAAGGCCGUUGAGAAGGUCAUCAAGGGUAACUUGAAGUUCAGUUCCACAAGUCGUUACAUGCAAUACAAUUAA